AUGUUUUUGGUUAAAGUGAGCGUGGAAGAGAGCGUCAUCGUGUGCAUUCCCACGCAAGAGGCGCUAAUGGGCGGCCUGAGAACUGUCGUGCGCAUGUGCGAGAUGACGGUCUUGUCGAUCCAGCCGCUUCUCCCUUACUUCACACCCCAUGAUAGGCUCUCUGCAGUAGCCUCGGAGGAGAAUACGGUCCUUCGCACGAUGCUGGAAGACGACUCUCUCUUGAAGGAGUCCAUCGGGAAGGUCCUCAGCCUCGUGGAGGACAAGUGGCAGAAGGUGGAGGCCGAGGUGAAUCCCUUAGACGACUUACUGAAGGAGGCACAGACGCCGCCGAGAGAAGAGGGCAUCCAGGACCAAGACAUGAAUGAACUUGGAUCGUGGCUAGGGCGUGUGGAGGGGCUGGUGGAGACCGUGAGAAGCAUCAGAGAAGUGGUGAAUCUCGGUCUCCUGCAGGUGGACCAGACCGCCGCCAGGAGGGUCCUCGUCACGUCCCUCCGUCAGCAGCAGCAGCGGAUGCACCAGGAUGUUAGCCAAGGUUUCGACCAGCGCGUGAAGAAGUUGCAGGCGGAGGCAACAGAUAAAUGGCUUGGCCUGGAGAUGGCGCCCGUGACAGCCCAACAGGUGGUCACACUCUUGAAUUACGUCACAGAGGUCAAGAAAGAGAUGGAAAGAGUGAACGGUGAAGAGAGCGUGAUUCUUCAGGCAUACGCCAUGAUCCAGGGCUACCACAUCACGCUGCAUCCAGAGGUACACAAUAAAUACGAAGCUCUUCAGAAGGAACUGAAGCGGCUGAGAAAAUGCGUCCGCCGGAGCCUGAUGGAGAGGCCGACGAUGAUUCGCAAGCUGAACCAACUCCUGCAGAAGGAAAUCGAGGAGCUGGACGCAGAGACGGUCAAGUUAUCUGAGCAAGUUCAACUCAAGGUGUGUAAUUUCAAGGAGUUGGCUGUCGUCGAGGAGGAGAUAGCCUUGAAGAUGCUACUCUGGCGAUCUCCUGGCCGUACUAUACAGAGAGAAGUCCGGUGCCUCGACGUGAUCGAAGUGACCCAGGUGACGCUCCAGUAUCGAGAAAAGGCUGACUACCUGGUGGGCGCCACUCAGCAGUCUGACGUCCUACAGCACCUCAAUACUCUUGUGUCUCAGAUGCAGGAGAAGCUGCCUGUCUUGGAAGCCCUAACAGACUCCGCCCUCCGACCGAGACACUGGCAGGAAAUAGACACCGCCCUGGGUCGUGCCUUGCCGCCCAACCUCACCUUGGCUCACGUCGACGAAAUGUCCCUCCACACCCACGCCCACACCUUGCAGCAAGUUGCCCAUACCGCCCAGUUACAGCGCGAAAUGGAAAAUCGUUUGAAAAAGCUCGAAGAAGACUGGGAAGUAGCCAUUAUCCCCGUCCAACCCUACACCAGGAAGGACCUGUACGUGUUGGAUGACCUGACCGACCUGGAAUCCCUCUUGCUGGCCUCUGACCUGACCUUGCACUUGCUGCUCCACUCCCAGCACGCCCUCCACAUCAAGAAUGAAAGUGUGAAGUGGAAGAACAUCCACACUAUCAUUAAGGAGACAGUUGCUGCCCUUCGUGACUUCGAGGGCGAGUGGUUGGCCCUCGACCUCGUCUUGAGCUCCUGCACCGCCAUGGACGUUUUCCCUCUGCAGGCGGCCGUCUUCAGUGCGGCUUCCUCCUUCUGGAGCGCCACACUCUCCAGGCUGAAGGACGAACCUCGAGUAUUAUCCCAGCUUCGGGACGGGAUGCUACUGGAGGAGCUCCUGCAGCAACGAGGACAGCUGGAAGACCUACGGGCGUGCGUGUCUCCCCUGCUCGGAAUGAGGAAGCAGACGUGCCCGAGGCUCUUCGUCCUCCCUGACCAAGACGUCGUCGAGUUGCUCACCAAAGGACAAGAUCUUGAGGUCUGCCAUAAGUACCUGCGUCGGAUGUUCACGGGCGUCGGUCGGUUGGUGAAGUGCAAGGGCGGCCAGAUAGUGGCACUGGUGUCACCCCAACAGGAAACGCUCCACCUGGCCAAACCUGUGAUAGCUCAUCACGGAGUGGAGGACUGGCUCGGCCGAGUCGAGAGCGGUAUGAGGGCCACGAUUCGACGUCUCAUCCUCAAGCACGUCGAGGAUGACCUUGACUUACCCACGUCCGAACUCCCUCUGCAGGUGUUGGACGUCUGCAAGCGAAUCCAAUGGUCUCGGGAAGUGAAUCGGGCCUUUGCCAUGGUGUCCGAAACCCAAGACAAACCCGACCUCCAGAGGGUUCUGAAAAGAAUAAUAAACGUUCUAGACGCAUUGACGAACGCGGUAAGACAUAACCAGAGUGAGGGUCGAACCGUAUCUCCACUGAAACAGGCAAGGAUGUCUUACCUAACAGCCACUUUGCUGGAAUUACGUGACACGACGCAAACGCUGGUUCAAGAUAAUCCAAGUUCGAGCUUGUCCUAUUCGUGGCUGCAGCACCUACGCCACGUGAUCACGGGCGAGGGACGGGGAGCGGGCGUGCAUGUGAGCGUGGGCGUGGGUCAGCUGGAUUAUGGAUACGAAUAUAUGGGUGUAUCUCCAGCAACCAUCCCUACACCAACGACACUCAAGGCACAACAUGGUCUUAUUACUGCUGCUAUUCAAAAUAGGUGCGGCGCAGCAGUGGGCGGCGUGGGCGGCGGAAAGACGGAGACAGUGAAGGGCGUCGCGCGGGCGGCUGGACAACACCUGGCCAUGCUUACCUGUUCUGACCGCACGCCCGCACAGAGUCUCCAACACGUGGUUUGUGCGGGCGUGCAAGGAGGGUAUUGGUUGUUACUGGAGGAUGCUGACCUCCUGCCGCCCACGCUGCUGUCUCGCCUCUCCCAAUACGCCCACAAUAUUUAUCAGGCGAAGGUGAACGCUCUCAAGAGAGGUGUGAUUGAUGGACAAGAGAUGAACUUGGUCGACUCCUUCACUUUGUUUAUGAGUGUGACGUCACAGGAUGAUGCAACGGUGACGUCAUCAUAUCCGUUACUGAACCACCCCAUUACGCCGCACCUUACCUCUGUAUCGGUCUGCCCGCCCACUCUGAACACGCUACUAGAGGCCAUGCUAAUCGGACAAGGGUUCAAUCUGUCGCGGGAAUAUUUGCAAAAAGCGCGCACCUGUUUUGUCCAGCUGACGAACCUCGUUGACGUGGCGCCUCCUACGUCACUGGCCAGACUAGUUCAGGCAACCGCUCGUGUUUCUUGCGACAUCAGACACACGUCACUAACGAAGAAAGAAGUAAAAGAAAACGAGAAUUCUGAAGGAGAUUCAUCAAAAACGGAAACCGCAGACGAAAAAGAAAACGAAAAAUGCGAAAGAGGCACAUCCAGUGCCGUCUCUCUCUGGAUGAGGCAUCCACUGUACCCUGAGACAAUGAGCGACGAGGACAUCGUGACGCAGGCACUCUAUGCCGUGACCUCACCUCUACUGAGUGAGAAGGAAGCACUGUGGCGUCAGGAAUUCAAUAAGAUUUUCGAUCUGGAGGAUGCCGAAGAUCACCAGGGAAGCCCCGAUCCCUGCGACAUCGAAGUGGCAGUCAAGGAGGUCCUCCUGGAAUGGGGCUACGGCGACGCUGACGACGCCUUUCUCAAAGGGGAGUCGAAGCUCGCCUACGAAGUGCCCGACGAAUCCGACAUCAUCAGAGCCACGCAGGAAGGGCAGCAGAUGAUCGCCGAAGACGCCGUUGAUGAAAAGGAAAAGGAAAAACAAGUCCCGAAAGAAGAGAAUGGAAAAGAAAUGGAAGAAAAUGUAGUUGGGAAGGAAGAGGAACUUAGCAGUCACGGGGCAUCGAUCAUGAAAGCGGCAUUGCAUAUGUACUCUCUGCUUAUCAUUCAUCACUGUUGCUGUAUCAUGGCCCCGUCGGGAGCCGGGAAAUCUGUCGUCUGGAAGGUGUUGGCAGAAGCUCUAAACAGACUGCGGAGGAGUGUUUCAUGGCGUGUCCUCCAGUGUGGAGCUUUUACAAGAGACCACCUGCUGGGGAACUGGGACGAGGAGCGCAGGAUGUGGAGGAAGGGCGUCUUACUCCAGACGCUGACGGAGUCGCAGCAGAGUCCAGGCGAGCGCUGGCUGGUCCUCAUGGGUCCCUUCUCUCACGACAUCCUCAAGUCUCUCUCCCACCUGUGCCACACCUCGCCCGCCUUCAAGGACGAGGCGCUUAACCAGGUCAUCCUCGAGGGGGACGUCAGGAUCAUCAUUGAACAGAGCGAGGAGAAGAACCUUAUUUCUCACGCUCGAGUCAGGUGUCCGAUCCUGAAACUCCCGGCGGAGGCGAUGACGGCUUCAGGAGCAGCGGGGCGGGCCAUGAAGAGGCUCCUGAAGGUCCUCCCGCACCUUCAGGGCCAGAGGGAGAUUUCGGAGGCCAGGUCCCUCGUCGCCGAAGGACUUGUUAACCUGGAAUUGCCUCAGACGUCGUUGAUGAGAGUAGCAGGGAUUGUGUGUCGCAUGGCGGAGGCGCGGGUGACCCCUGCCACGCCCCCGGGGGAACUACUGGAGGUGCUGCAGCAGGUCCUUGAGCUCCUACACACCGCCAGGCACCCACAUCUCCACCAGGAUGCGAGAGAAGGCGCCUACACCCCCGCCAGACCAGGCUUUAAUUUUGAGCUCAAAUUUUAA